AAAUAAUAAUUAGCAUUUGUCAUCUUGCAUUCUUUCCUAACCACGAGAAGCACAGCAAGACAAUGUUGUAGCUCGUCUUGCUGCUCUUGGUAUCCAAGCGCGGGGGCUAGAGUUGAUUAAACAACUACAAAAGGAAUGUUUAUUACAGUAAAAUAUGGAGAUCAUGAAGAGGCUCUUUUUAACCCAAACUGUCGCAUUCUUCACCUGUUGGAAGACAUUAAAAGGCGAUGUAACUGUGCUGAGAAUGCGGUCAUUGACCUCUCGGAUCUACAGGGAGCAGUGAAGAAUCUAACAGAUCAUCAAGCAUCAAAUGGCAGCGAAUUCCUCAACGAACGAGAAACAUUUAUUCUCGUGCGAGUUGAAAAAAACAUAGAGGGCCGUGAAUUUCCCUUGUACACGCCUCUUCUUGAUGACGAGGACGUUUUGACAAAGGAUUUCCUUGAAAGUUUACGCCGCACGCCUACUGACACCCUAGAGGUCAGCGGCAGAGGUUCUCGUAGCAUGCGUCGAGGAAGCCUAAAACCAAGUGUCAAACGCAAGCAGUCAUCGGGAAAUCUCAGUCUUAGUCCUACAGGGAGCAAUUCCACGGGUAAUAAACCCAGUGCCACGUCAAGAAAACGUUCGAACCCAAACCGGCGGACUUAAUAAGAUGAACCAAGUGUACUGGCAACGGCGUGACAGGAGCCAAAAAAAUUUACUAAGUGCAUGUUUUCAAUGGAGCACGCAACAAAAGUAAAGACAAAGUCGUGUGUCAUUCAUUUGCCCUUUGUUUGGCUUGUUAUGAUACUGGCAAAGCGAAUUACUUUCUGCGAACUCUAAAUUUUGUUGUACCGGUAACCAUCGUCUAUGCAUUUGAUUUGUCUCCUAAGUUCUCAUUUUAUAUCAUCAUAUUUCCAAACGAAAAUUGUAAUCAGUGCGAUACCAGACGCAACUAGGAAUGUUGUAUCGCAAUUUCAUGGAUAUACAUUAAGAAGGAUAUUGGAAAAGGCGUUUUUUUCAGUCUUUACUCCUUACAGGAUUGAUGUCAGCGUCAGAAGUACACACGCAAAACGAAUGGACACAAUUGAGCACAUGCGCCUAACAAAAAAGGAGAUAAUCUCACGCAUGCACACAACAACGCGACUCAAGUUCGAGCGUGUGCACAACGGAUAAAGAUGUUUACUCAUCUUAAUUACAUUUUCUGUAUUUCCCA